AUGGGGGUUUUCCCUUAUAACAAUGCUAUGGGGAUUACAAGGGCUGCGUUGCAUGGGUUGGGGUAUUCACAGUAUGAGCUGCUGAGGCAGUUUCAGACGGAUGGGGAUCCGGUACAUCGAGCUUUUCCUUACUUGCCGGCGUCAAAGGAAGGGGAUUAUCUGGCUGCGGCACUUGCUACGCAUGGGAGACGGUUGGCUGCUGAGGCACUCAGCUUGCAACCGUUGGACUUUGAGGCUAUCACCCAGGAGGGUAUUUACACGCACGACUUUGUCACUUUUCUUCAACAGCAGCAUCCGGACCUGGCUUCCAAGACCUAUGAUCAGGCGGUGGGACUGUCCUUGGCGGGAGAGUACUCGGGCUAUGAAGCGGAUGACCUGAAAGUGGCAGCAUCAUCGCCUGAUGAUGGAUCGAAAUCCGGAACACCAACUUGGAAGAUGAUUAACACGGCGUCGACUAUGAGCCUUCGACUGGUCAAGACCCAGCUUCUGCCGAGAUCUGAUCUCACACCUUUAGAGCUGAAUAUGGUUCUCAAGACUCGAUACUUGAGCAAUCGCCUCGUGGUCACACUGGAGAAGACGGUCACCGAGACCAUCGACGAUAAGCCAGUCACAGAACAGAAAUUCAGCGACAAACUGGAGCAUAUGUGUCUACAAGAGUCGUCGAUGAUCGCUCGCUGUGAUGAAGCAGCCAGAUUAUCUCGCCGUACAUCACUCGAUCUCCAAUCCUUCAUCCGUCUACGAAAGAUCCUUGGCUGGUCCAUCGAGACAACAGAUGCAGCUAUAGACGCCCUCGCCCAUCGAGAAGUCAUCUAUCCCAGCAAUACAACCCAAUAUCACGUAUUGGAUGGAGACUUUAUCCAACGUCUAGCCGCAGCGCAGGAAUUAUCCAUCAAGACUAGUAUCACUGUCGUCGAGCUGUUUCCCUUCUGGGGCCUCAUGUACGCACAAUUUCCCAAUUCUCUCUAUGCACGACUGUUUCUGCGUAGCGGGUUGGUCAAGUUGUAUCCGUCCUUGGCGUUUGUGGAUGGAGAUGGACAGACGGAUGCUACGUUUGGGAAGAAUAUGGGUGCUGUGUUGCGGGCGUUGGGUAUGACGCAGGAUGAUCAGGUUGUGUUCAUGGGGAUUAUUGGGUUCAAUCCCAACACACCCUGGACGCUUGAUGGGAUUGCUAGGCUGUAUAGUCAUCAGCGGCUGUGCAAGAUUCUUCGUCUGCCGGUGAAGAGGUAUGCGGAUUGGUGGAGGGUUGUUUGUCAGAAGGGGGGUGUUGAUACUUUUACUGAUCCGCAGAGCAUCACUACAAGGAACAACAGCAUAACCAUCAGCGUGUUUGCUCAGACCUGCCGUCUUAACGUAUCAGACGUCAUCACCGCCUUCAAAGAGCCAGUCCCAGACUCGAAACCUGACGACAGAGAACAAAAGAUUGCAACAUGUCGAAAACAAGCUAUGGUCUGGAUGGCCCCAGAGUUAAAACGUCGAGCAACGGACACUCUCGUCACCGACUCGCUCGCCACUCGUUUCCCCGACGCCCCUUCUCAAUUCGUUCAGCAGCUCCUAGCCGCCAAGGAUCCCGCGCCCCUACCUGACGUCCCAGAUCCGACAAAUGCAGCAUACCUCCAGUCUCUCAAGGGCUUCCAUGCUCCUCUCAAGGACUACUGGUCCGGUGCAACUAGUACUUACUUCUUCCCUCCUGUGACGGCGGAGCAUACUUUCAUCGCCAACUCGGAUAAGGGGAAAGUUGCCAUCAGCGGUCAGGAUUGUCCUUUUACGUCUAUCCCUGGACCUGAUGUGAAGCGUUUUACUACACCUCAGCACUUGCGACAGGGUAAUGUGGCCCUAGUGGAAUGGAUGGAUGGGUUGCAGUUGAAGAAUCUGUCGUAUUCUACAUCAGGAGGGGAGGUGAGCUUGAAGGACAGCUUGGUUUGUCCUAUCAAGCUUGCAAGUCUCGUUUGCCUGACUCUGGGCCACUUGGGACGAUGUAUGGACGUGGCUAAGAUGUUGAGUCUUGAGCCGGAAGAGGUGGGCUUUCAUCUUGAACGGGGGAUUAACUUCUCCCGUUUAGAUGUCGCUCAACUGCUCCGACUACGGUCCUUUGCUAAUAUUCGAACACAAUUUUGGACAUCUGGUCUGGCGAUUUUGAUAGCCUAUGUCAAGUACCUUGAACGACUCUCGAACGGGUCAAAGACGGAUACGAUCGAUAAGCUGGUGGCCGAGACUAAAAGACUGACUUCAAUCUAUGAGAGUGACAUUUGCGCUUUCUUCACCACACGCUGGCCAACGGCAACAUUCAAGGACCUCCCAAAACCUUCCUCGAUGGGGACUUAUAUCCUCUCCAGCAACUAA